AUGGCAUCAACACCAAAUGCUGCGGCAACCGUCGCUUCGGCAAGGCACUCACACCUCUCACAUCCGGUACAAGCUCAGAAUGGCCAAGGACGUCCCAAACGCCCCCACGAUGCAAAUGGAAACUCCAAGCCCUGGAAGCAGAAGAAGACGAAGCGGGAGAAGAACAUCACAGAGGGUUCAUCAGAGGAGGUUCUUCGACGUGAUAUUGAAGCUCUACUAGCAUCAAGAGGGUUCACUACCGACCCUGAGGAGACAAGUGGUACAACCCAAGAGAGUGGGCUCUUACCCGAGCAAGGCACCGAGACAGAAGUAGAAGUGCUUGAGCUCUCCUCCACCGGUGAUGGUCUCGCCAUGCGUUCCGGCUCAAACCAAGUCUACGUUGUCCCCUUCACCGUACCAGGAGACGUUGCCAAAGUCAAAGUCUUCCGUCACAUUCCCCGAGAACAUCAAACCGUUGCAGACUUCAUUUCUAUCGUCAAACCUUCAUCCUUGCGCGACGAUGCCCGUAUCCAGUGCAAGUACUUCUCUUCGUGCGGUGGCUGCCAGUUCCAGAUGCUGGACUAUGUCGAACAGCUGAGGCUAAAGAAGAGGGUGCUUGAAAAGGCUUACCGCAACUUUUCUAAUUUGCCCUCUGAACUCGUUCCUGCUAUUCAGGAUACUAUCGGGAGUCCCUUGCAGUACGGCUACCGCACCAAGCUGACGCCGCACUUUGAUGGGCCUCCGGGCUUUCGACCAAGCAAGAGAAAGGCUGCCAAGGUCUCGUUUGAAUCCUGCCCGGACAUAGGCUUCAUGCAAAAGGGCAAGCGCAAGGUCCUCGAUAUUGAAGAUUGCCCCAUCGGCACUUCGGCAGUACGACUAGGCAUGGCCCGUGAACGAGAGCGCAUGCAGAGCGAGUUCCGAAAUUAUCACCGCGGCGCAACCAUCCUGCUGCGCGAGAACACUCACAGAUACCCCAAGGACUCGCAAGACGGGGAUCAACCACCAAAGGAAGACGCACUGCCUCCCUAUACUGCCCGCACCGAAGGCGACGAUUUCAUCGACAUCAAAACCUGCGAGACGGACUCCAAGGCCACCACAACCGAAUUCAUUGGCAAUCACACAUUCACAAAUCCCGCCGGGUCAUUCUUCCAAAACAACAACUCCAUCCUCCCCAAAUUUACUGCCUAUGUCCGCGAGCAUAUCCUCCCUCCUCCAUCCAACAGCCCCAUCAGGUACCUCAUCGACGCCUACUCUGGCUCCGGCCUCUUCACCAUCACCCUCUCCUCUGUAUUCCAGCACUCGACAGGCAUUGACAUCGCAGCUGAUUCCAUCGCCUCAGCCCGCAAUAACGCUUCUCUCAAUGGUCUCGGCGAGGAUCGAUGCCAGUUCAUCGCUGCUGAUGCCGGUGAACUUUUUAAGAGCGUCACGUACCCCGCCGACGAGACUGUGGUGGUGUUGGAUCCGCCUCGGAAGGGCUGCGACGCCGAUUUCUUGGGACAGCUGCGGACAUUCGGGCCAAAGAGAAUACUGUACGUAAGCUGCAAUGUUCACACGCAGGCACGAGAUGUUGGUAUUUUGGUGAGAGCAGAAGGAGACGGCGCCAGAUAUGACAUUGAGAGCCUUGUUGGAUUUGAUUUCUUCCCUCAGACGGGACAUGUGGAGGGCGUUGCCAUUUUAAAUAGAUGUGAUCAGCCGACUACUGAAAAUGGUGGCACAGAGAAGGAUCCAUAG